CUCCUCGCGAAGACGCUCGCGGGCGUCGUCGUCGGCAUCGUCCUGGGCGCGAUCGUCCGCGCGACGGACCCGACCCCGCGCGCGAUAGAGCUCGUCGGCUUCCCGGGCGAACUCUUCAUGCGACUCCUGCGCGCGCUGGUGCUCCCACUCAUCGUCGUCUCCAUGGUGUGCGGCGUGUGCUCGCUCGCGAAGGGCUCGGAAGGGUCCGCGCGGCGCGUCGCGACGCGGCUCCUGGCCGCGUACGCCAUCACGUCGCUCGUCGCGUGCGCGCUCGGGCUGCUCGUCGUGAGCGUCGCGCGCCCGGGCGACGGCGUGUCGUUCGACGCGAACGGAUGCGCCGGCGCCGGCGCGACGAACGGCACCGUCGCCGGCGCCGCGACGUCGGACGACGACCACGCCGCGGACGCGCACAGGGGCGCGCUGGACGCGAUACUCGGCACCGCGAGAGCGGCGGUGACCCCGAACGUCGUCGCCGCGGCCGCGGACGGCAACAUCCUCGGCGUCAUCGUCGCGUCGCUCGCGUUCGGGGCGUCGCUCGCCGCGGUGGGCGAAGACGUCGCGCGGCCCAUCGUGGACGUCUUCUUCAGCAUGAACGUCGUCGUGCAGACGAUGAUCGCGUGGGCGUUGACGUUGAUGCCGGUUGGGGUGUUAUCCCUCGUCGCCGGGAGAGUCGCGGCGACGUGCGACGCCGGCGCGGUGCUCGUCGCGCUGGGGAAAUACGUCGCGACGGUGACGUUCGCGUUGGCGGCGCACGGCGGCGGCGUGUUGCCCGGGUUGUACGCGCUCGCGACGCGGGGGAUGGGGGUUACGCGCGGCGGCGGCGAGAAGCGGCGCGCGCCCGCGCUCGGGUGCGCGUUCGCGAUCGACUCGUCGUCCGCGACGCUGCCCGUCACGCUUCGAUGCGCGAAGACGCUGGGGAUACCGACCGACCUCGCGGAGUUCGCGCUCCCGCUCGGGGCGACGAUCAACAUGAACGGCACCGCGCUGUACGAGGCGUUGACGGUGAUUUUCAUCGCGCAGCUGCACGGGGUGAAGCUCGGGAUCGGGACGACGAUCGUGAUCGCGUUGACGUCGACGAUCGCCGCCGUCGGCGCCGCCGCGAUUCCGAGCGCGGGUUUAGUCACGAUGCUCAUAGUGCUUCAGGCGGCGGGACUCGAGGAAUUCAGCGGCGACAUCGGGAUUCUGAUGUCCGUGGAUUGGUUCCUCGACCGGUUGAGGACGGUCGUGAACGUGGAGGGGGAUCUGUUCGUCGCGAGCGCCGUC